AGGACACUCCCACUCCCCCACUGCCGCCGCUGCUCCCUCCUUUCUCCCUCCCUGCACCUGCAGUCUUGCUGCCGCCACCACCAUUGCCCUCUCUUCCCUCCCCUCUCCUCUCCUCUCGUCCCAACCCAUCCCCAUUGCUAGGGUUCCUCGCAGCUCCGCCCCUCGCUCCACGGCAUUGCCUCCACUUCCCCUCCUCCCCUGCUUGCACUGCACCGCACAACCCAAUCUCGCCGCAAUCCAUCCAUUCAUUCAUUCCUUCGUUCUCCAGCAAGGUCACCGUGGUGGUGGUGGUGGUGCAGUUGCUUGUUCUUAAUGCGCUAGAGCACCCGGCUUCACUGCUCGGUUGGAAGGAACUGAAAAGCUGGGAGGUUUUUAUGGUGAUGUGUGGUACUGUGGAGAUCAACUGAAAGGGACAAGUGGUGUGGCAAUAAGUGGCAGCUUGUUGUAAGAAGAGCCGUGUGAUAGAUACACUCCAUUCUCAGUCCAUUUUGCUGCAGGAAAUGCAUCAGGUGCUGUGUUCUUGAGGCCCAGCAGCUUCCGGUCUUUCUUUGGAGGACAGCGAUGGGGAUUCCUGGGAGUUUCUUGCUGCUGCUCCUGCUUGCUGUUGUCCCUGCAUUUGGCCAGCUACCUUCACAGGACAUUCUUGCGCUCCUUGCUUUCAAGAAGGGCAUCACCCACGACCCUGCCGGGUUCAUCACCGAUUCGUGGAACGACGAGUCGAUCGAUUUCAAUGGCUGCCCGGCUUCCUGGAAUGGCAUUGUGUGCAAUGGCGCCAACGUGGCCGGGGUUGUGCUUGAUGGCCAUGGCAUCUCAGGUGUCGCCGAUCUGUCCGUAUUCGUCAACCUGACGAUGCUUGUGAAGCUUUCUAUGGCCAAUAACAAUCUGUCCGGGAGCCUCCCGAGCAAUGUGGGUAGCCUGAAGAGCUUGAAGUUCAUGGACAUAUCAAACAAUCGGUUCUCGGGGCCAAUUCCUGAUAAUAUUGGCAGUCUCCGGAGCCUGCAGAACCUGUCACUUGCCAGGAACAACUUCUCUGGGCCACUGCCUGACUCCAUCGACGGGCUUGCGUCCCUUCAGUCACUGGAUGUGAGUGGAAACUCUCUGUCUGGUCCAUUGCCUACAUCUUUGAAAGGUCUCCGGAGCAUUGUUGCUCUGAACCUCUCAUACAAUGCCUUCACAAAGGGCAUCCCCUCUGGGCUUGGCCUUCUUGUGAAUCUCCAGUCUUUGGAUCUAAGCUGGAACCGUUUGGAAGGUGGUGUUGAUUGGAAAUUCUUGAUUGAGUCAACUGUUGCUCAUGUUGACUUCAGUGGGAACCUACUCACUAGUACCACUCCCAAAGAGCUCAAGUUCCUGGCAGAUAUUUCAGAGACAGUUCUAUAUCUGAACCUUAGCAACAAUAAAUUGACUGGAUCAUUGAUUGAUGGAGUUGAGCUCUCGACUUUUGGGAGACUGAAGGUGCUUGAUCUGAGCCAUAAUCAGUUGUCUGGAGACUUGCCAGGGUUCAAUUAUGUUUAUGAUCUUGAAGUUUUGCGACUUGCAAACAAUGCGUUCACGGGGUUUGUACCUAGUGGACUUCUGAAAGGGGAUUCUCUGGUGCUCAGUGAGCUGGAUCUGAGUGCAAAUAACCUGACUGGACACAUCAAUAUGAUCACAUCGACCACCUUGCAAGUAAUUAAUCUCUCCUCCAAUGCUCUAUUUGGGGAUCUUCCAAUGCUUGCUGGAAGCUGCACUGUGUUAGAUCUAUCAAAUAACAAAUUUAAAGGAAAUUUGUCGGUUAUCGCAAAAUGGAGCAAUGAUUUGGAGUAUGUCGACCUUAGCCAGAAUAAUCUAACUGGAACAAUUCCUGAUGUGAGCUCUCAAUUCCUUCGCUUGAACUACCUGAAUCUUUCCCAUAAUUCCCUAGCUGACACUAUCCCUGAAGCCGUUGUUCAGUACCCCAAACUCACUAUCCUUGAUCUCAGCUCCAAUCAGUUCAGAGGCCCUGUUCCUGCUGAUUUACUCACUUCGUCCAUGCUGCAAGAGCUCUACAUCCAGGACAAUAUGCUUAGUGGAGGCCUAUCAUUUCCAGGAUCCUCAUCGAAAAAUCUGAGUCUUCAGGUUCUUGAUAUUUCUGGAAACCACUUCAAUGGCAGUAUCCCUGAUGAUUUAUCCUCUUUAUCUAGCCUCCAAGCUCUUGACAUAUCUACGAACAAUUUCUCUGGUCCUUUGCCAGCUUCAAUCACCAAGCUUUCAGCGCUCACUGCUCUUGACAUAUCAAUAAACCAGUUCACUGGGCCCUUGCCUGAUGCCCUUCCAGAUACAUUGCAGUCAUUCAAUGCCUCUUAUAAUGACCUAUCUGGUGUUGUUCCGGUGAACUUACAGAAGUUUCCAGAAUCUUCCUUCCACCCAGGGAACUCAAGAUUAGAGUAUCCUGCUAGCUCUUCUGGGUCUGGGAGUUCCUCUGGUUCAGCCGGUGGCAGGUCAAUCAGUGCAGCAGCUAAAAUAGCACUUAUAGCAGCUAGUAUUGUUGCUCUUGUCAUCCUUAUCCUUGUUGCUAUUGUUUGCCAUUACAAGCAAAUAUCACGGCAGUUCCCUAGCUCAGAAAAGGUUUCUGACAAGAACCUCCACAAGGCUAGCAAAGACAUGGCCAGCACAAAAGGAAAGGAUGACAAAGGUGGUUUGGUGGUCUCAGCAGAUGAACUUGGUGCUCCUCGGAAGGGCUCUACAUCUGAAGCAUUAAGCCAAGAAGAGAAGUUGUCAGGUGUGGGAGGAUUUUCCCCAUCCAAAGGUAGUCGCUUCUCGUGGUCACCUGAUUCUGGAGAGGCAUACACCCAGGAAGGCCUGGCACGGUUGGAUGUCAGAUCACCUGACAGGCUAGCAGGGGAGUUGCACUUCCUAGAUGAAACAAUCACACUGACACCGGAGGAAUUGUCAAGGGCACCAGCUGAAGUACUUGGGAGGAGCAGCCAUGGGACUUCUUACAGAGCAACACUAGAGAAUGGUGUCUUCUUGACAGUGAAAUGGCUGAGGGAAGGUGUUGCAAGGCCCAAGAAAGAGUUUUCGAAGGAGGCCAAGAAGUUUGCAAAUAUCAGGCAUCCCAAUGUUGUUGGCUUGCGUGGUUACUACUGGGGUCCAACACCACAUGAAAAACUGAUCUUGUCUGAUUAUGUUUCGCCAGGAAGCCUUGCGAGCUUUUUGUAUGAUCGCCCUGGAAGGAGAGGUCCUCCACUGACCUGGGCUCAGCGGCUGAAGAUCGCAGUUGAUGUUGCGCGUGGCCUGAACUACCUCCAUUUUGAUCGAGCGAUGCCUCAUGGAAACCUCAAGGCCACCAACAUCUUGUUGGAUGGCCUUGACCUCAAUGCCCGUGUCGCCGACUACUGCCUGCACCGCCUGAUGACCCAGGCUGGCGUUGUUGAGCAGAUCCUAGACCUUGGUGUGCUUGGCUACCGUGCCCCAGAGUUGGCAGCGUCCAAGAAGCCAACUCCCUCGUUCAAGUCUGACGUCUAUGCCUUCGGUGUUGUGCUGCUGGAGCUCCUGACUGGCAGAUGCGCUGGGGAUGUUGUCUCAGGUUCUGAAGGUGGUGUUGACCUGACAGAUUGGGUCCGUCUGCGGGUGGCUGAAGGCCGGGGAUCAGAUUGCUUUGACCCAGCCAUGGCUUCAGAUUCUGAGAAUCAACAAUCUGUGAAAGGCAUGAAGGAUGUGCUAGGCAUUGCCUUGAGAUGCAUCCGGCCAGUCUCUGAGAGACCUGGGAUCAAGUCUGUGUAUGAGGAUCUUUCAUCAAUCUAGCUAGCUUCACUCUCUAGCCUUAGAUGGAUACUAUUCUCUUCUGUGUGUUGAGUGCAUUAUUUUGACUGAAAACUCUAGUUGCUGUAGCAAAUGCAAGUGUAUGGCUGGCCUCGCCUUGAUGCCUCCAAGUUCAUAU